UCACUUUCUGCGUAGAUGAACGCUCUUUUUAGAGCGUGCCACCAGGAUAUCUGCCACUCUGAUCUUAGUAAGAGCAGACGACAGUUGCAAGUCACAGUCAAGAGUGUUCGUUUGGAUUCUAGGAAUAAUAUAUCCGGGGACUUUGAUUUUUUCUGUGUUGUCUGCAACAGUUCUAAAGAUAUGGCCAACGAUUUUCUUGUCUCUAAAUGGAAGAUCUGGUAUAAAUCUCUUGAUGUUAACCAUGACGGUAAAAUAUCCAAGGAGGACGUCGAAGAAUCUAGGAGCAAGUUCACUGAGCUCCAUCAUUUAGAAGCGGAUAAGAAAAAGCAGGUAGAAGAAAACUUCGAGAAAUGGUGGCUUGAGUAUAUAUUCCGUAACAGAACGGGAGAAAUUUCAGAAUCAGAAUUUGUUGAAGCCCUAAACAAAGACUUCAAGGCCGACAAGAAACAGUUUGUAAAACAAAUGCAGAAUUGUUUUGACACGAUGUUUGCAGUUAUAGACACAAAUCAAGAUAGGUCAAUUUCUGAGGAGGAAUUUCUUAUUGCUUUCAAGGCUUACGGCCACGAGAAUGUAGCUCUAGACACCAAGUUCUUUAAAGCCUACAACCCGGAUGCAAACGGACUUGUGCCUAUGAAAGAUAUCGUGGCAUCCUGGGUAGAUUUCACGUCUAGUGAGGACAGUUCUAAGCCUAGUGUUGUGAAAACAGCGUUCGAAUCAGGCGUAUAACAAACUGACCAACUGACCCAGAGGGAAAAAAUGAAAUAUCCAAAAUUAUUAUUUUCCGACCAAAACUUUUCAAACAUUCAUACAUAAAUAUAGCUGUUAAAGAACAAAACAAAUAAAUUGCCUAGAAAAAAAGCGGGACUGCGUAAAUAUUACAUAAACAAAGAUUAAGAACAGAAUAAGUUUACAUGUAUAAAACCGUAUGUAUAUAAUUUGAUACUAGCAUAUGUAUUUUUCUACGUUAUAAUGACAAAGAUUAUUAUGUGCUGAACAAACUACGUGAGAAGCAAUCAACGAAUUCAAGUAUAGUACUGGAUAGCUUUAUGCGCUGAACAAACUACAUGAGAAGCAAUCAACGAAUUCAAGUAUAGUACUGGAUAGCUUUAUUUUUUAUACUUUUCUAGCAUACUAACGUGUACUGAAUGUAACAAAUUUAUCACUUUUCAUUCCCAUGUUGUUAAUGGAUUGUUUGUAUAAAGAAUAAAAUCUUCUGACCACUUUGUGGAAUAUGAUAAAUGUUAA